UCAACGCAGGCGCAGUGACGCCGGUCUGACCUUCAUUGGAGUGACCAUGUUCGCUAGGACCAGCGUUGCGGUGUUCCUGCCACAAUGUGGCCAGGUCAGGAACAUGGCUACCUUGAAGGACAUCACCAUCCGGCUGAAGUCCAUCAAGAACAUCCAGAAGAUCACCAAAUCCAUGAAGAUGGUGGCCGCGGCCAAGUACUCCAGGGCCGAGAGGUCCCUGAAGCCAGCUCGCGUGUAUGGGACAGGGGCACUCGCUCUGUACGAGAAGGCUGAGAUCAAAGCUCCCGAGGACAAGAACAAGCACUUGAUCAUCGGGGUGUCGUCCGACCGUGGCCUCUGCGGGGCCAUCCACUCUAACGUGGCCAAGGCCAUGAAGAGCGAGAUUGGCAAGCUGACCGGCGCUGGAAAGGAAGUCAUGCUGGUGAACAUUGGAGACAAGCUGAGAGGCUUGCUGCACAGGACUCAUGGGAAGCACUUCCUGAUCAACUGCAAGGAAGUGGGGCGCAAACCCCCCACCUUCUCCGAUGCUUCUCUCAUUGCUACCGAGCUGCUUGACUCAGGCUACGAGUUUGACCAGGGCUCCAUCUUCUUCAACAGAUUUAGGUCUGUUAUUUCAUACAAGACUGAUGAGAAGCCCCUGUUUUCCAUGGAUACUGUUGCAAAUUCAGAAAACAUGAGCAUCUAUGAUGAUAUUGAUGCAGACGUGCUGAGGAACUACCAAGAGUUCGCCCUGGUGAACAUCAUCUACUUCGGGUUGAAGGAGUCCACUACCAGCGAGCAAAGCGCCAGGAUGACAGCCAUGGACAGCGCCAGCAAGAACGCCUCCGAGAUGAUUGACAAGCUGACCCUGACGUUCAACCGCACCCGCCAGGCCGUCAUCACCAAGGAGCUGAUUGAGAUCAUCUCAGGAGCUGCUGCUCUGUAAAUGUGCGAACCUGUCUGCUGUCAACUUCAGCAUGGUUUUGGGGAACAUGAUGAAACUACGGCAGUUUGAAGCUGUCUAACUUUUAUUGAGAGUGAAGAGUUAAUGGUCGUUCAUGCUUCUGUUUGUAAAAUACCCUAAUGAGAAUAAACCUACAAAGAAA